AUGAGUAAGCAACAACAGUUUACAAGACUUCCAACCGAGAGCGAUUCGUCUUUCUCCCAAACACCUGCCAUACCAAUGCAAGUCAUCACACCUCAAGCUCAAGUCCCUAGAUUGAAUAUAAACGCUAGUGUCGAUGCGCAGCCUCACGUUGUUCAUUUCACUUCGUUAUCUCCGAUUCAUAGAAGCUCGAUUUCUGGUGUUGUCUCGGAAGAAGAAUGGCCCCUAACUGAAAUUCCGCAAGAAUUAAGAGAAGCCAGUGGUACCUAUGAUUCAUCCUCCGCGAAUAAUACUGAAGCAAAUUCAAUGCGUACAGAUUGGAAAAGAAGCUUAUUUUUAUUAUUGGAAGAUCCUUCUUCGAGCAAAGCCGCGUUUACAGUCAACGUGUUUGUCUCCUUUUCAAUCAUAUUAAGCGCUGUGUUGACUACCAUUGAGACAAUACCUUCAUUUAGGUCGACUGCUAGUUCCGUUUGGUUUAAUUAUGAAACCACUGUAGUCUUUAUAUUUACUAUUGAAUAUAUAUUACGAUUAAUAGCACAUUCUGAUUCAUUUAAACAGCUAUGGAAAUUUAUAAAAGCUCCCCUUGCUGUUAUAGAUUUCAUUGCAAUUGCCCCGUAUUACAUAGAAUUGGCUUUUCAUCAUGACACGACCUAUGACUUUCGUUUUACCAUCCUUCGAUUGUUCCGUCUUCUUCGUGUCUUUAAGGCAUUCAAAUACUCUUCAACGAUUAUAAUGACCAUUGAAGUAAUGAUUGUUGCAGUCAAAAGAAGCAUGGACGCUCUAGGUGCAUUAUUCUUCUUUAUGGUAACGAGUAUCGUGCUAUUUUCUACUUUGUUGUAUUUCGCCGAGCGUGGUACAUGGGACCAGGAAAAGCAACAAUUUGUCAAUAGUAAAGGAUUGCCGAGUAUUCCCUCAGCAUUUUGGUUUGUCAUGGUAACUAUAACCACUACAGGUUAUG